AUGGGCCAGGUGCUGCCUGUCUUCGCCCACUGCAAAGAAGCACCAUCCACUGCCUCCUCCACUCCUGACUCCACAGACGGUGGCAACGAAGAUUCAGAUUUCCGGGAGUUGCACACUGCCCGGGAGUUCUCAGAGGAGGAGGAGGAGGAGACGACGUCGCAGGACUGGGGGACCCCCAGAGAGCUGACCUUCUCCUAUAUCGCCUUUGAGGCCGGAGGAAGCCGUCGUGACUCAGUUCCUCGACGACCUCGCCCCUCUGGCCGCUCUGAGUCUCGUGAACAGGGCCCAUCGGGCCUAGGAGACAGCUUGGAGAGCAUCCCCAGCCUGAGCCAGUCGCCAGAACCCGAACGGCGGGUUGCCCAGGAAGGCCCUCCUCAGGCGGAACUUCGGCUUCGCCUGGACCAGCUGGCCUGGGAGUCGGGGCAGGCAGCCUCGGGGGAAUCAGCCAGCAGCCCCUCAGAGGAGGACGAAGACGAGAACGAGGAGGAAGAGGGCGGCCCUGAGCCCAGACUGGCUGGGGAAGACUUGGAAGUGCCGCACCCCGCAGUUGAACCCUCCCUGCCUGAGGUCUGUUGGCCACAUCUCCGCCCUGGUCCUGGAACUCCAGACCUCCAGGACCAUACCCCUUCCCCGCCUCUUUCGCUGGGGUCCCGGGACUCAAACUCUUGGCGGGAGGAGGAAGAGCCAGAAGAGGAGGGGGAGGUGUGGGGAGCAGUUGAGAGGGAGCCAAUCACCGGGCCGCAUCUGGACAGCUCGGACCAAUCAGGGAUCACUCUAGAAAUUCACAUCCUAGUGGCAGAACUACUGUAUUGGCGAGACACAAGGACGUCAGGUGUGGUCUUCACAGGCAUCAUGAUCUCCUUGCUCUGCCUCCUACACUUCAGCAUUGUCUCCGUGGCCUCCCAUGUAGCCCUGGCUGUCCUGGCAGUCACCAUCUCUCUCAGGGUUUACCACAAGGCACUGCAGGCUGUGCACCGGGGUGAUGGGGCCAACCCCUUCCAGGCUUACCUGGACGUGGACCUGAGCCUGAGCCGGGAGCAGACGGCGCGCUACACCGAGCAGAUCACAGCUCAGGUGGUUUCCGGGGUGACGCUAAUGAGACACCUGUUCCUGGUGGAGGACCUGGUGGAUUCCCUCAAGCUGGCUCUGCUCUUCUACAUCCUGACCUUUGUGGGAGCUGUUUUCAACGGCUUGACUCUUCUCAUCUUGGGUGUGAUAAGUGCAUUUACCUUCCCUUUGCUGUACCGGCAACACCAGGUGAGGAGGGGUCCCACCACCCCCACCCCUUGCCCCAGAGCUUCUAGGCAGAUGGAGCAGGCCCACCCCCUCCCCGAACAACACUCAUCCCCGCCAAGCAGAGGCGCCGUAGAUCUGUUCAAAGAUCCCAGGGACUGGGGCCUCCGCAAGUUCCAAAGCCAAAGCCGAAUGAGCCCCUCUUCCGGCCGGCCCGGGACCCGCCUGCCCACAGCACCCCGGGCGGAGAAGACGAUGGACGGCCGUGUCUACACGGGCACGGAGCUGGAUAUUUCAUGGGAACGCUGGGCAGGGCUGGCACCGAUUUUCGGGGGUGGUGCUGGUGGUGGCGGGAGUCUCCUCGGGGGCUUUCCCGGCGCUGGCCAGAGGGAGGAGGAAGAAAAUCUCAGGGUUCGCGGCCGCGGGAAUGGGGGUGGGGUGGGGAGGGAGGAGCGGUUCUCCUCUGCUUUCUCCGCCCCUGCUCUCCGCGCCGCAGCCGCAGGCUACCGUUAG